ACACCUUUUGCGUAAUAUAAUCUCCCUUCUCUCCCCCUUUUUAUUCUAUAUAUUCGUCUAUUGAAAAACUUUCACACUUGGAUAUACUAGUCUCGAUCUUUCAUGGCUAGUGCUAGUGCUGCCAUUUGGUCAUUCAUUGUGUUCGUGGCUUGUUUUUCUUCACCAGCCUUGUCUUCGUCUCAGCUCCACGUUCAAUACUCAACAAUAUCGGCUGCACCGGCGUUCUUGCCGACUGCUCCGACUUUAUCUCCGGAUACCGAGCCUUUGUUCCCUACUCCUAAAGGCAUGUCACCAGCUCCGGCUGAUUCAUCGUUCCCCACUAUUCCUUCAAGCCCCAGUCCUCCUGACCCUAACAGUGUGUUGGCUCCUGGCCCUGGUAUUGCACUUGCACCGUCUGGUUCCUUGCCGGUAUCCACUUCGGUUUCUUUAACAUCGGAUGGAGCUCCGAAAUCGACGUUGUUUCUUGGUUUGGUAGUCGCACUUUGCUUAUUGCAGCAGCUUUGGUGGAAUGGAAUCCCCAAUUAUUGUUACUAGUGGAUUACUGGUUUUACUUUUUCUUUUUUUUUAAUAUAGUGUUUCUUUAUUUUUGUUUUUGUAAUAUAUUAUUGUUUGAUGUUAGGUAAACCAAGUGUCUGGUGAUGGCAUUGCCACAAACUAUUUUUAUUCAGAUAUAUAGAAUAAAGUCAUGAAGGAACUGUAAGUUGAAAAACAGAACAUAUAUCGGCUAUUGCUUCUGAAAUGUUCAAAUCCAAGUGUUGUA